AAAGUUACAUUUUGAGUCUGUUCAUAUGCAAGGCAUGGCUUCAUCUAUCGCUUGGAUCGCAGUCUUUUCAAUUGCCCUGUUUGCAUGCAUCACGGAAGCAAGGAAGAAUCCUACCGAUUUUUUGCAAUCUGCUGUCAUUAAUGAGCAUACUGAGGACAAUCACCAUGCAGAGUCGACCCUUUCCAAUCAGAAGAAGACAACUAAUGGUAAUACAUUGAAGGAUUUUGAGUAUCAUGGCACUGACGCUAAGUCUAAGGAGGGGAAACUUCUUAUGAAAGACUUUGAGUCGAAGCCUGGCUCCAUUUUGUUCCUUUAUCAUGGCAACGACGCUAAGUCUAAAGAGGAGAAGCCUCUUAUGAAAGACUUUGAGUCAAAGCCUGGCUCCAUUUUGUUCCUUUAUCAUGGCAACGACGCUAAGUCUAAAGAGGAGAAGCCUCUUAUGAAAGACUUUGAGUCAAAGCCUGGCUCCAUUUUGUUACUUUAUCAUGGCAACGACGCUAAGUCUAAAGAGGAGAAGCCUCUUAUCAAAGACUUUGAGUCAAAGCCUGAUCCAUCUAAAGACGUUAAGUCUGAGGAGGAGAAACCACUCGUGAAAGAUAAUUAAUGUCCAGGGAAGCCGCAACUUUACCUCUGAAUGGACUACGGACAUACAUCUCUUCUAGCUGGUCUGUUUUUCUCCAUUUUCUUUAUUGGCGUGAAAAUGUGUGAUAUGUAAUAAAUGCAGUUCUUCUUUCAACCAAGCGUUCCGUAUAAUUAAUUAAAUGAAAGUCAGUAGCGUUGAGUGCAUUUUCUA